AGUCCCGCGCUGACAUGUGCAUUGUGCCUGGAGAUACAUUCGCAGUCCGGCCGUAUUAUCGCGGUGACAAGGUGAAGCCGUGCAUUCCGUGCAGCGGUACUAAAGCCUUUGACGGACGCUCACAUCCUCUCCUCACGCCUCCAACGAAGGACGGCCGCUUACUUUCCUUCAGUUCGACCUGUUUACCGCCGAGUCCCAUUCAUCUGCGAUGUCAUCGUCGUCCGCUCCGUCCUCACGAGCAUCCUCCUCACACGGCUCGGCUUCGCAGGUUCCGCAUUCCUCCACUGGAUCGAGGCGCCACCCACCCUUACAGCCACCAAAGCCUCUCUUCUUCGUCGAUCGCACAGUUGAAGAUGCCUCUCGAGACCCCUUCCGCACUCCAGCGCACAGUAUCGCUGACGAGUCCGUCCCCACUACGCCGAGGAGUGAUGCCUCCAACCCGUUCUCACCUCCAGCCAGCGUCGUCACCUUCAGCGCGGAACAGACCGUUCCCGGGACCCCCGGUAUCCACCACCAGAGGGUGUCCAGCGGUGGCUCGGACAACCUCCACCGUCCAAACACCAACGGGCCGCAGUCUUCCUCCACUUUGCGCCAUGCUGCGUCGAUCCCCUCUGUUCCCCACGUCCAAAAGGUGCUACGCGGCAGCAUCCCGCGUGUAGACUCCAUGGUUCGCAACUCGUUCAUGUCGCCUCCGAUCAUGGCGCGCCGGGCGACGAUGUAUGACGGCUGUUCGGUUUCGGAGACGCUCGCCCGUCCCACAGCGAAGCGCCAGCGCUCGACGAUGCUCACAGGCGAAAUCGAGAAGCCUUGGACCUCUGACAAGGACGUCUAUGUGCGUAUAUCAUGGUGGGUCACCUUGGCCGUCGCCAUGAUCGGGGUCAUCGGUGGAGCCAUCCGCUGUUACUUCGGCUGGAGGGAUGUUCCUCGUGUGGGCAACCUGUGCCUCAUCAUGCAGGACGACUUCAACACGUUCGACCAGAACAUCUGGACGCGUGACGUGGAGAUGGGCGGAUUCGGAAACGGCGAAUUCGAGAUGACUACGGCCGCCUCGAACAACUCCUUCGUGCAGGAUGGCAAGCUGUACAUUGUGCCGACGCUUACGUCCGACGUUAUUGGUUACGACCACGUCCUGAAUGGCUACACCUACAAUAUCUCCGGCUGCACGAGCUCGAAUCACUCUGCCUGCGGUGCCGUCUCCAACUCAAGUUCGGGCGCCGUGAUCAACCCUGUCAUGAGCGCGCGGCUGUCGACCGUCAGCAGCCACAACAUCAAGUAUGGGAAGGUCGAAGUUGUCGCGAAGCUUCCCCGAGGCGACUGGCUCUGGCCUGCUAUAUGGAUGAUGCCCGUCAACGAUGUCUAUGGCGCCUGGCCGGCGUCUGGGGAGAUUGACAUCAUGGAGGCGCGCGGCAAUGGUAUCAGCUACCCAGCGCAGGGUAUCAACUACGUGCGCUCCUCCCUGAAUUGGGGCCCCUUCCCCUUCUUGAACGGCGUCGCGAAGACGUUCGGCUAUUGGACGAACCGGCGCAAGACGUACGCGGACGACUACCACACGUACUCACUCGAGUGGACGCCCACGUUCAUGCGGAUGUACGUCGACACACGCCUCGACCACACGCUGCAGCUCUCGUUCAACGAGCCGUUCUUCGAGCGCGGCGACUUCCCCGAGACGAUCGCGAACGGUUCCAAUUACAUCGUCACCCCGGACCCGUGGGUGAACGGCACGAAGAACGUCGCGCCCUUCGACCAGCCGUUCUACCUCAUCCUUGACCUUGCUGUCGGCGGGACGAACGGGUGGUUCCCAGAUGCUGUUGGGGACAAGCCCUGGCUGGACGCGUCGAGUGCCGCGAUGCACGAUUUUGCCCAGGCGCAGGAUUCGUGGUAUGCGACCUGGCCGCAGGACACCCAGGAUCGCGCAUUCAUCAUUGAAUCCGUCAAGAUGUGGCAGUCGUGUUAGAGUGGCGAGAGAUUCGUCGUACUGCGUUGUCGACUUACUCUGAGGCUCACCUCUCGCGGAUUCCCUGCUUGUCACCAUCUACCACGAGCUCACCCCCGGUGUAGAGAUUGCCAGAGUCGGAAGGUCCCGUUUUUGGUAUACUUGCCAUGUCGGACAUUGUUGUACAGAGUGUCACGAUACACCGUCCGGUCCUUGUUCCUUCGUAGCGCUUUGCCACUUUUUCGGGCGGGUUUUUCUUUCUGGAGUUCUCACCUGGUCAGCAUUUUUCGUAUCGUAUACUCUGUCGGUGUCAGCCACCGUUAUAAUGUC